CUCUCUCUCUCUCUCUCAAGCCUCAGCAGUACUCUUUAUGAGUUUCUCUCUCUAAGUGAAGAUAGAGAUAGAGAUAGAGAUAGAGAUAGAGAUAGAGAGAGAGCUUUUUGUAUCUAUAGUACAACUUGGAAAUUUAAUAGAGAAAAAAAAAUCCAGUCUUUUUCUUCGUUUCCUCUUCCUUUCGUCUCCGUAUAAAAUCGUUUUUCGAGACCCAAAUCUAAACUUUUCUUCUCUGUUUCCUCUCUUCUUCUUCUUCUUCUCCUCUUUUUUGCUUACUGAACUGCCUUCUGGAUUUCUCUCUUAAAAGUUCAGGAAACUGGUUUCAUUUUCUAAGUUUGUCAACCGAAAUGCCUGCUUGGUGGGGAAAGAAAUCGGGUAAAAACAAAGAAGAAAGUCAGCAAACUCAGGUCCAGGGACAAAACCCAUAUGCCAAUCACGGAAAUUUCUUGAAGUUAUCGACAAAGGCUGAUGCUACUAGCAAGAAGAAAGUAGUUGGCGGCGGCGGCGGCGGCGGCAGCAGCAACGAGAAGGAUAGGCCCAGGAGCUUCGAUGAGGGUGUUCUCGCGCGUAAUUCGCCGCGUAACAGCAAGGAUAUCGCCGUGAUCGGACCUGGGUCUUCAUCCGGGUUCUCGGGUUUCGACUCGGAUUCUGUGGAGAAAAUAGGGCAUCCUCUACCUCGUCCAUCGAUCUCCUCGAUGCCGGGUGAUCAGGUAGUUGGGUUGGGAUCUGGGUCGGGUUCGGUUUCGAGUGUGAGCUCAUCUGGGUCAUCUGAUGAUCACCAUAUCGUGAUUGAUCAGGUUCAAUUUGGUGGUUCCAGAGGACAAGGUGAUAUCAAGUUCAAGACAGCUCCAAGAAGCCCGGGUCCAGGAUCAAGAGGUCCAACAAGUCCAACAUCGCCUUUGCAUAUGCAGUUAUCUGGUAUGAGCCUUGAAUCUCCAACAGGGAGACAGGAAGAUGGAAAAUCUCAAUGUCAUCAGCUGCCUCUUCCGCCAGGUUCUCCCACCAAUCGAGCUGCAUUGCCCAAUUCGAGAAUUGGGGCAGCUGAAAACUCUCCUGCCACUCUGUCGAAAUGGAAGAAGGGAAGGUUACUGGGAAGGGGAACUUUUGGGCAUGUUUACCUUGGAUUUAAUAGUGAGAGUGGUCAAAUGUGUGCAAUAAAGGAGGUUAGGGUUGUUUCUGAUGAUCAGACUUCAAGAGAAUGUCUCAAACAAUUGAACCAGGAAAUAAAUCUGCUGAGUCAGCUGUCACAUUCAAACAUUGUUCGAUACUAUGGAAGUGAACUGGGCGAAGAGACGCUGUCAGUUUACUUGGAAUAUGUUUCUGGUGGUUCAAUCCAUAAAUUGCUCCAAGAAUAUGGUCCCUUUAGGGAACCUGUUAUUCAAAAUUAUACGAGGCAGAUUCUUUCUGGACUUGCCUACCUACACGGAAGGAAUACAGUUCAUAGGGACAUCAAAGGGGCAAACAUAUUAGUAGAUCCAAAUGGUGAAAUCAAGCUGGCAGAUUUUGGCAUGGCUAAACAUAUUACAGCUUGUACUUCAAUGCUUUCCUUUAAGGGAAGUCCGUAUUGGAUGGCCCCAGAGGUUGUAAUGAAUACAAAUGGCUAUAGUCUUGCAGUGGAUAUCUGGAGCUUAGGGUGUACAAUUCUAGAAAUGGCAACAUCAAAACCACCAUGGAGCCAAUUUGAAGGGGUGGCUGCAAUUUUUAAAAUCGGAAACAGCAAAGACAUUCCAGAUAUACCUGAUCACCUUUCAAACGAUGCAAAAAACUUCGUGAGGCUUUGUUUGCAAAGAGACCCAUCAGCUCGCCCUGCAGCUUCACAGUUGUUAGAUCAUCCAUUUAUUCGGGACCAAUCUACAACAAGAGUUGCUAACAUCAGCAUAACAAGAGAUGCUUUUCCUUAUGCUUUUGAUGGAAGCCGGACACCUCCAGCUUUGGAACUUCAUUCAAAUAGAACAAGUAUUAAUAUGUCUGAUGGAGAUUAUGUGGCUAAGCCAUUGCCCACAACAUCAAGAGUCACAAAGAGCCCAAGAGAAAACGUAAGGAUGAUUACGUCUUUGCCUGUCUCGCCAUGUUCAAGUCCAUUACGACAAUAUGGUCCGGCACAUAAGAGUUGCCUUCUGUCCCCUCCUUACCCGUCUUAUGCAGUAUCCGGUCAGAGUGGUUACAACUUAAGCGAGUAUGCAGUAAAUCCAUUGAGGCCGAACACAAGAUACAGCCAUGAUCCCUGGAUCGACACCUCUAUAUUGAGAUCCCAAACACCCAAUGCAUCACCAAGAACAAGACCAUUGUGAAAGCAAGAAAGGAAGGAAGAAGAAAAAGAAACAAUAUAUCCAACUCUCCUCGGAGCACCUCAGGGAGCUUAACGAUGGUAAUUUAUCGAAAGCACUUGUGAUGGGUAAGCUGUUCUCAAAGAAUUUGAAAGUGGUUUUACUUACUCCUUGAAAGAGGUAAGUAAAUUUACGCACCAUGGGAAGCCAAAAAGGUAAGGAUAAGAGUUAGUUCCAGGGAGAGAGUGGAUAUAUUGGUGUUAGUAAUUUGUUGUUGUGAGAUGAUUGUAAAUGGAAGGGAAUGAGUAUAUUUGUAAAAUUCAUGUAUACUUGCUUACACCCAGCAGUUUAUGAUGAUAAUAUAUACAGGUAAAACCCUUUUGACUAUCUGACAAUUGAAAUCUUCGAUCUUUUUGGA